AUGACGCUCGCCGACGAAAUCGAGCGCAGCGGCGCGUUCCGCGAUGUGAUCCGCGCGUCCAACCGGCAAGAGUCGGAAAUCGCCAGGCUGCGGGAUGCUUUUGCGGCCAAAUCGAACCGAGGUGAGCGCAAGCUCAAGCUCUACCACGGCACGUCGCUGGAUGCGGCGCUGCGCAUCGAGAGCCAGGGCUUCCAGGCGUCAGCGACAGGCUGCCUCGGCCCCGGCGUCUACUUGGCGCGCGCGGACAAGGCUCUCCGCUUUGCGCAGGAGGGCGGCCGGCACGGCGGCGCGGAGGGCGGCCUCGUCGAGGUCCUCGUGCGCUUCAAGAACCCAAAGUUUGUUGCCGCCGAUGACGACACUUGGCAGGCCGAGGGCUACGACGCGUGCCGGGCCGAGGAGACCUCCGCCUCGCAGAAUAUGGAAUGGUGUGUCCUCCACCCCUCCCACACCCGGCCGAACUUCAGAGUGGCGGUGCUCCUCAAAUACCGCUCAAACGCCCACGAUGUUGUGGAGGGGACAUAUGCUGAUGAUCCUGGCCCGAUUGGUUCGCUCAGAAAGCUUCUGGGCGGUCGUUAA